CGCCGUUGAGACUUGAGUGCAGGCGUGCGCGUGCGCCGGCUUCGCUUCGUUUUGCUCCACUCGGCUCUAGUCCGUCUCGCCGGCAACGCGUAUAUCCCUGUCUAUCGGACGUUUCUCAGCACGUGCGUCUUUCACCCGACCCGGCGUGGCCUUCCGAGAACUCGACAAUGGGCCGAUAACGGCUAAUUGCUCGUUUGCUAUCGUGUAGAUCGCGAGUGCAGUGUCCAGUAGGGUGUGAUGGAAAACUGCGCGCUCAUACCUGAACCCGUAACGAUGUACACGCAGACGGAAGCGUUGAGAGAUGUGAAGGACUUGUCCAAGAAUUUGAUGAGCGGAGACUUUGAACGGCAGUACGCGAAAGAUAUAACAGAGAAAGGUGGUAAAAAGCGGCGGGGAUGUGUGAUUUUUGGGGUGACGGUCGGAGCUUUGGCGGUUUGGUUGCUGGUCCUCACGAUAGUCCGCGAGGUGCAGGUCACCCGGUUGCGACGAGAGGUCGAAGAGCUGUCAGCUAAUAUGAUCGCGAUGUCAGCAACAGUCAAGUCCUUGAACGAGAAGCUCACCAACAACAGGCUCUUCAAUGAAUUCAAAACCUUGGAGGACACGAUAUACGCAGACGACGACCAAGAUGUCAAUUUAGUUGACGACGCCAUAGUGCCACACAAAGAGGCCCAGGGCUCCGAGUCUCUGGAUAAGCUCCACGACCUGACAGUGCUGGAGGAUGACAACGAGCUCGCUGAUGAUGAAGACAUGUACGAUGGAGAUGAGAGCGGCGACUGGUACCCUGAUUAUGAUAAUAGGCGAGAAAAGAUUGGAACUGCGAGCAUGGUGAGACUGAAGCCGGAAGACUUCACAGUGACGCUGGCGAAGGCACAGCAACUCAAGAUCAAGGAAAUCAAGCGACUACUCAACGAGAACCCAGAGAUCCAAGAUAUACCGCACCUGCCGUCGACGGAGCCUCCUCGGGAAAAACGCAGCGUAUUCCCCGACACCACCCUCGAGAGCGUUUCAGACUUCACUGCACCGAAAGUCAUGUCUAAAAUGGAGGAGAGACGCAAGACAAAGAAAUUCUCCCCGAACGCCGAUGCUCAUAACAAAAUGGCUUUACACACUGUAUCCAGAACUGCGAGGAACAGUAAUGAUGAGGGGGGUGCCCCCCGGCGCGCCUUCAUAGCCGCCCAUUUCCAUGGCAACACAUCACAUCUCAGCCCCGAGAUACACGAGCACUAUAAAGGAAACGGCCUAGUCCGAGUGGCGCACGGCGCUCAUCACGACGUGUGGUACCCGUCGCCAUGGACGGCUGCGUCGCCGCUGCACGCGCGCCCCACUCUCAGCAGGAAUGGCCACAUCAACGUGCACCACAACGGCGUCUACCUUGUCUACGUGCAGAUAUACUAUUUGGAUAGUCACGACAUAAUAUCGUGGGUACUGCACAGAAGCAACAGGUACAUGGAGGGACGGGACACUCUCCUGCAAUGCGCGCAGUCUUCACACUCCUUAGAGCGACUGGAGAAGCCCAACUCUUGCUUCUCUGCCGCUGCUCUCUUCCUGAGAGCAGGCGACAUACUCGCUGUGAGGAACACCGGCGGAGAUAGACACUCGCUGAUGCAGCCCGAGAAGAGUUUCAUAGGUCUCAUUAAGCUGGCCGACGCCGAAGAACCGAACGACGAAAUGUAGUUUUAUAAGUCGUCAUAAGUUAUAUUUUUCCAAGUACUUUGUCAAAUUACAGGGUCUCUGGAAAUUCAUCAGUACAAAAUCUUUUUAUAAAAAAAAUAUUACUGUGCUACGCACCGAAUUUGGUAUUUAUUUUUGUAAAUCUCUACAGUUAUGAUUAGUUUUGUUUAAAGUACGAAUAUGUACGAAUAUUAAUUAAGUAUAGAAAGUAUUUAAGGGUCAUUAAAGCUUAAAUAAAAAUGUUAACAUAAGUCUUCGAAAUGUUCAGACAUUUUAAUAGGAGCAGGUAAAUUCUGAAUUCGAAUGCUGAAGUAAAGAAGUGAAUGCUUCGAACCGUAACUUGGAAGCAUAGUGUUCACGCCGCAAUGAAUGAAAUAUAAAACUAUGCGGCCUUUCUCACUCUCAUAAUACGAGUAAGUUUUAGUAGUAACGUCACGGACCAAUGGCAGUUGGUAGGUGGCCAUUACUCAUUUCAGUAGAUAAGGUUGCGGGACCGAUGAUAUCGAUUCUCGUACCAAUAACGGCAGAUCGCCUUUCUCUCUAUUUCAGUUUCCAUGGGGACUGAAUUUGAAAUUCUAUAACGCGUAUCUGCAUAAGUUAGCUUAAGUUUCCUAUUGUAUUAUUUUUCAAUAAAAUGAUAUACUUGUUCGCAUCUAUUAAUUCUUGCCUAGCUGAGAAAUUCAGCUUUACAAUAAUGUUUAGUGAUAUUUUAUACUAUAGUCAUAAAAGUGCCAUUACGGGAAAAUAACUCAUUUCAUGUUUAAGUGUUUUAAUACUAAUAAUAAUAAUUUUUAUGUUCGGGAAAAUCGAGUUUAUUUCAUAGAAUUUAGCAUUAGGUAUAUAAUCAAUAGGUAUUAUAUAUUUCUGUAAUCUUCAUCAUGAAUUUCAUUUUCCAAAUUUUUCUUUACUGUUAAAUAUCUCAAUAGUAGUAUACACCGUGCUACCGGCCGCGUCUAUAAUCCGCCGCGACAUGUAUGUAUCCAUUAAGAGAAACUCUAUAGUAAUAUUAAAAAUAAGCUGAAGCACAUUCACACGCUAUCGAAAAAAAAAAUUAAAAUUGAUGAAAAAACUUCAGAACAUCCUGUUUCAUUCUGUUUGGAAAUAAGAAGUUAAUGAACUUUGACCUAGUUUCAGAAAUUUUGUUGUUUAAUACCUACAUACCUACUAUUUUUGAUACACCUAGUCGGCGGCAGUGUCUUUACUAGGGCUGUUAAUAAAAUAUCGAUAUAUCAAAAUAUCGACAUUAUCACUUAAUAGCGAUAAGUAUUCAUUACUAAUAUUUUUAUGGACGAUAUAUCGAUAGUUCGAUAUUGAAACGUAGAUAUCGAUACUAGAUAUUUUUAACAAGUUUUAAUUUUUUAUAUCCCUCGCAAAUUAUUUAAACUAAAACAUUAUCAAACAUAAUCUACUUUACUUUAUUUAUACUUUAUUACGUUUUUCAUAUUUUAGUUUAUUUAAUUGCAUUUUAUCGAAAAUGUCACUGAAAUAAGUAAAACGUAAUGUAUUCAGAUAGUAUACACUACUUUACCCUCAGACAAAACUUUAAACAUGUUUAAUCGUAUUCAUUUACUUGUCAAUUUAGUUACAUAAAAAAAUAGUGAAGUUUAAUAAAUACUUAAUUGUUAAAAGUUUUCAUUUAGCCGAAAACUUUAUUUUGAAAUUAUCGAUAUAUCGAGAAUCCGAUAUUUUAAAAAAUAGCAAGCCCUAGUCAUUUGCGGUUUCCUUUUUGAUAACGCCGCUCGCCGCCUAACCCGUAACUAUUGUCGGCAAUGUCCAAAAAUAGGUACAGGUAAGAAAUGUAUCUUUCGAUCGUUUCUUAUAACGCAAGGUGAUUGGUUGGGUCUUAAUAAUUCGAUCAUUCGGGUCACGGGUCUUUCGUGUUUUGUGUAUCGUUACGACUCGACUUAAAGUAUGUAGUUACUUGAGUCUUAAACUGAACAUCCGUAGGACAUGAAUCGGAACCCUUUUCUUAUUCGUUACAAGUAAUCCAUCGACUACAAUUGCACCUGACGGUAGUGUAGUAAGUGAUUAUGCAAUCUGAAAUGGAAACGGACUAACUUAUUAGGGGGAGUAUUUGAAUCCACGGCUUGACGGUACGUCUUUGUCGGUAGGGUGGUAACGAGCCACGAUCGAAGUCUCCCACCAGCCAGGCCUGGACCAAAACCCCAAUCGGCCCAACCGAGGUUCGAACCCAGGACCUCCGUCUUGUAAAUCCACCGCGCACACCACUGCGCUACGAAGGCCGUUAAAAUUCCGAACUGAUCGGAUUUUAGGUUGCUAUUCUGUAGAGUGAUGUUGUACGACUGACCGACGAGUAUUCGAUCCAGAUAAUUGUUACAAGUCCAAUUCAGUGUGGUGAACAAAAAUCGUUCGCAGAUUAUUUGAGGCGCUUACGGCCGCGUCACUCGCUCACGCACAAGUACUGAUCGGGUAUCAGAGAUUCGAUCAAUCGCGAUCGACACAGGUCUAGUACGGGUUAACACCCGUAAAUAAAAUAAAAUUUAAUUUAAAGAAAUAGGUUAAAGUGAAUGACCUCAAAGCUCAAAGGGACCGACGGGCUGCCGACGUGACUGCGGCGAGGAGGUAGGUAGAUGUUUGAAAAUACAGGAUGUGUUAAAAUAAUCGAUUUUUGAAAGUUUAUUACAAUUGUAACUCCUUGAAUUGUACUUUGUUUUUUUUUUUAAUAACACUGAUGGAUAAUAGACAUUGGGUACAUUAUGUGGGAUUUUGGUUUAAGACGAAUAACGUAGCGCGGUGUAUAUUUUGAUAUUAUGCAAAAUACAUUUCGCCAAGAAAAAUAUCAACAUUACGUUGGUAAGAUUGAAGUAUUUUUAAGUGUUUUCCUUUUUUUUCAUUACUUUCUAUAAAGUAAUGAUGUAAAUUUAAUUACAUUAUAAUUUUUUUUGUAGGCUUUAUUAGACACUAUUUUCUAAUGUGGUCUUUAAAAAAGUCUCCUCUGGCAUUAUGCUAAAUAAUUCAAAAUAAUGGCAUUAUUAUUACUUUUUGGGUGUAAAAAUAAUAAUAAUGCUUAAUGCAUAAUUAUUAUUUUUACAUACACUAGUACAUUUCAUUUACAUAAUUCGGCGCUUUUCAUAUGACGUUGUAUUGUAUAAUACAGUUGCUUCAUAAUUAUUUAACUUUUAUGUUAUAUUUAAGUUUGUUUAAUUAGUAGUUUCGUUAUAUCAAUCGUGACCCAUCGUUAGAUGUUAACUGAGAUCAAAUUCAAUAUUUUCUAAAGAUCUGUUAUGCCAUUGAUAUUGAUGUUUGUAAUGAUAUUAAUCACUUAGAGUUACAUAAUUUAUUACUACAUUUGUACGAAAAAACUAAUGUCCUGUUGCAUUGUGAUCAUUGAUGUUAUAUGGUCAGAAUAAAAUUAUAAUAAAAAUAA